AUGAUUAACAUAGCGGGAGUCAUAUCAAUCAUAUUAUUUUACGUAUUAAUAUUAGCCGUCGGAAUAUGGGCAGGUGCUAAAAAAGAAAGCGGAAAUGAUUCGGAAGAGGAAGUCAUGCUCGCCGGAAGGAAUAUCGGACUCUUUGUCGGAAUAUUCACGAUGACGGCAACUUGGGUCGGUGGAGGUUAUAUAAACGGAACAGCGGAAAUAAUUUACACAUCCGGUUUGAUAUGGUGUCAGGCACCUUUCGGAUACGCAUUGAGUUUGGUUUUCGGCGGUGUGUUUUUCGCCAAUCCCAUGAGAAAACAGGGAUACAUAACAAUGUUGGAUCCCCUUCAAGAUUUAUUCGGUUCGAGAAUGGGAGGACUAUUAUUUUUACCCGCUUUAUGCGGCGAAGUGUUUUGGGCAGCUGGAAUAUUAGCAGCACUCGGUGCCACGUUGAGCGUCAUCAUCGAUAUGGAUCAUCAAACGAGCGUCAUACUAAGUUCUUGCAUUGCUGUUUUCUACACCCUUUUCGGAGGUCUUUACAGUGUUGCCUACACUGACGUCAUACAACUUUUCUGCAUAUUCGUGGGCCUGUGGAUGUGCAUUCCGUUUGCGUGGUUGAAUGAAAAAGUUCAACCAUUGUCUUCCCAGGACGUCGAUUGGAUCGGUGUCGUACCAUCAUCGCAAAUAUUUUACUACAUCGAUUACGGAUUGUUACUUAUUUUAGGCGGAAUACCUUGGCAGGUGUAUUUUCAACGGGUACUUUCAAGUAAAACGGCAGGUAGAGCUCAAGUACUAUCGUAUGUUGCCGCAGCCGGUUGUAUAUUAAUGGCGAUACCACCUGUUUUGAUUGGAGCCAUAGCCAAAGCAACCCCCUGGAACGAAACGGAUUACAAGGGUCCAUAUCCUUUAACCGUGCAAGAAACGAGCAUGAUAUUACCGAUGGUUUUACAAUACUUAACUCCCGAUUUCGUAUCCUUCUUCGGUUUGGGUGCCGUGUCCGCAGCCGUCAUGUCUUCGGCCGAUUCCAGCGUUUUAUCGGCAAGUUCCAUGUUUGCAAGAAACGUUUACAAAUUGAUAUUCAGGCAAAACGCUUCGGAAAUGGAAAUCAUUUGGGUCAUGAGAGUGUCCAUCAUCGUGGUUGGUAUACUAUCCACCGUUAUGGCUCUUACGAUACCUUCUAUAUACGGUUUGUGGUCAAUGUGUUCGGAUUUGGUUUACUGCAUUCUUUUCCCGCAACUUUUGAUGGUUGUUCACUUUAAAGAUCAUUGCAACACUUAUGGAAGUUUAGCAGCGUACAUUAUGGCUUUUUUCAUACGUUUGAGCGGUGGCGAACCCCUUUUAGGACUUCCCACGUUAAUCAAAUAUCCAGGAUACGAUGAAGAAAACGAAAUGCAAUUGUUUCCAUUUCGAACAUUAGCCAUGGUCAUGAGUUUAUGCACUCUAAUUGGCGUGUCUUGGUUCACGAAAUACAUAUUCGAAAGCGGAAAAUUAGCUCCCGGUUAUGAUUUCUUCCGUUGCGUCGUCAACAUCCCAGAAGAUGUUUUACGCGUGGAUGAACCGAUAGAAGGGGAAUUAUCAAUGAUGACAUCCGGUGCGAUGGGAAAAUUAUACGGUGCGACGGGACUCGUUGGAAAAGACGAAAUGAACGGAAGGAUAAAUCCGGGUUUGGAACCAGACGACGAUUUAGAUCCGGCCGAAGUUGAAAAAUUAAAAGCGGAUAUAGGAAGUAAUAAAAAUGAUUCAUCAGGUACGGGGAUAAGAAUGAACACGUUUCCCGACAACGUCACGGAAACGUCAAAUGCAAAAGAAUGCAAUACGGCUUUUUAA